AUGCCGACCGGAGACGAAGGCUUCGAAGAUUGGGAGUGGGACGCUGAUUUCUUAGACCAACUCAUCCAAGUCGAAGAGCUUGCUAUUUCCUCCACCGCCAACAAUCCGAUUCCCAUUUCUUCUUCCGCCUCCUUACCCCCGCCGCCGCCGCCGCCUGAACCGGAACCGGAACCGGAACCGCUGCAUUUGGUGGAACCGUUGUAUGUCCGUCCUAUUAGUUAUUCGCCUCCUCGAGAACUCUCUCAGAUAGCCACUGGUUUACGUUCUCACGCCAUUCGCUUUCCUAAUGGCUUGAGCGAAUGUGGUCCUUCUUCCUCCUCGCUUGCUCCGUGCUUGCAUCGCUUCGAUGCUGCAAAAGAACUUGAAAUUUGUGAUUUGAAGAGGGAGCUAGGGCGCGUCUCAAAGCAGCUUAAGAACUUGGAACAAGAGUGUGUUGAACUCAGGAAGAACAGAAACAAAAAGGAGGAGCAGCUUAGAGUUGUCUCUUCCAAUAAGGAUGAGCAAUAUAUUGGCCAUCGUCUUUCAGAAAGUACAGAUUUGAGAGUGGCAGGGAAGGAUGGUGUACGUACUGGCAUGAAGAGUGAAGAUAUUGCUGGUGACCUUGGUGGCCCUCACGCUGUUACUUCUAGGAGUAAAGACAAUGAACAGGGAGAAAAAGCCCACAGUUCUGUUGGAGAGAGAGCCAAUGACGAUUUACCUGCUUUUGACAAGCUCUCAAAGAAGUUGCAAGUCUUCUGGGUCCCUGAAAGUGACUCUAAGAUAGGACAAAGUUUGGUUUCAGAAUUACUUUUGUCAUGUGAAACAGAUCUUCAUGUGCUUUUUCACAGCAUUGGCACGAAGUUAUCCCCUAAGUUUCCUGUGGCCUUGGCUGGUGAUAACUCUUCUGAUGUAGCUUUGAAACAACCUUUGCAUCUUCUUCAAUGUCCAGAAGCUAAAAAAGUAUCUAACCUCUACACCACCUUGACUAAGGUAAGUAAUGGAAUAGUCAAGAUGGAGGCAUUGUUUAGUCCGUUGCUUGAUCUCUGUAAUAUUGACAAUGUUGCAGUAGUUCAUAGAUCUCUGCAUAUAUUGCAUAUGUUUCUGAAACGCCUGUUGUGGUUGGAGAGGAAAUCGGAAAGAAGGGAAACUGUCAUAAUUGGGGGGCUUGGCUCUAGGAACAAUGUUGUGGAUUCUCAUGGAUCACAGAGCGCUGAAGGUGACGAAUUUGCUUUGGCGAACAUGGAUGAGUCAUCUCAUGGCAGUGCUAGCACUAGACUCCCUGGUGCUGAAUUGUUGUGUAAGAACAGAAACUUGAAGAAGAAUAUAAAUUUAGUUCCUCAAGUAAAUUGGGUAUCUUUCUUUGAGGCAAUGCGUCAGGUUGCUAAGACACAUAGUGCAAAAUGUGUGAGAAUUGAGGCCAUUUCAGUCAUGAAUUUGAUUCUGAUGAGAAAUAAUACUUAUCUGGAGAAGGAGAAAUUUGGUCAGGCGCUUCUAUUUGAUAGUGUAGUUGAGUUUAUCCGAAAGGAAUCCGGUUCAGCUAUACAAAAGCAUGCCGUGCGUCUGCUAUUCUUGAUACUAAACUGUCCCACAUUUUUUGCCGCAUUCUGUUCUGGUUGUAAAGAAGCAGAAACUGCUGAGGUUGGAAAUGAAAAUGUGAGAAGUGCAGGAGGUUUCCAGAAAUUCCAGACCAUCCUUCAUGGUUUGGCAGAUUGUUUUACAUGUUUUGGAAAUGGUAUUGAGGAGUUGAAACUUCGGAAAAACACCGUUCUUUUGCUCGCCUUUCUGGCAUCGUCCGGGAAAGCUGGCUUUGAGAUCCUUAUAAGCAACAAGCUGUAUACAUAUUCAAAUUUCCUGACUUUGAUUCUUCAAGUUGUGGCUUCAGAACUUGAACAAGAAAAAACAGUCCGAGAGCCUGUGGAAAAUCUCGAGGAAAGGGCGUUGCUGUUGCGGGAAGUGCUUAUACUUCUUAAUAGACUUGCAUCUCAUUCAUUAUACUCAAUGACGAUCUUGCGAGUGUUGACGAACAGCAGAGAUAUGGCUACCCUAACGAUUGAUGUAACGAACAAGUUGUGCAGAAAAAACAACAGAAAUGGGCAACUGGAUAGCAAGAAAAGAAAGAUGAGGGAAUCUGAAGUAGUGGAGUUAGCGCAGGUAUUUCGGAAAAGACUCCUUUCAUAUUUAGGAAAUAGCAUAUUAUAAAAAGCGCUUUUCGAAAAUGCUCAUUUAUUAUGGGCUUUGUCAUGGCACAAAGUUAGGAGACUAAACUAAUUGGUUUGAAAUUUUGUCAUCCCACUGGCUAAUAUGGGAAAUUUUGUAGAGUUAAAAAGCAAUGUAUAUUCUUCAAGAAACAACAAAAUAAACAAAAAAGAACAAACUUGGUAGAGUUUCUUAAGUACACGUAGGUUUCUUUUUUGGGCCAGUUCUUGGUCUCAUUCUUUUUUUGAAUCCGAUCCCUAUUUGUACGGUUGAAUAGAAAAUUAUCAUCUGCUUCUUCUUCUGCUUCACUUCAAGCGAGAAAUUAGUGAGAAUGGCUGCUCCACGUGCCUUAAAAGGCAUUGCGGCCCGGGUUCUUUUUUUUUUAAGGAAUAAUAAGAUUGGUCAUACUAGAUAA